AUGAAAUACCUCAUGGAGUUCUCUAUUGACCAUGAUUCGUAUGCCAUUGUAAAUAAUCUCCUGGACACUCUUCUCAGUAGAAUGGUGGGUGCAGCUGAGCAACCUUUCUUGAAGUUUGCAUUGCAAGAGAUGGGGCAGGAAAAUUUGACAUUUCUUCACGUUGUUGCUGGUAAGGAUAGAUAUGAGGAUAUACUGGAAAUAGUGACAGAUGAUCCUGGAAAGGGCAGUGGCUGGGAGGAAAGGGAGAAAAUUCUAUGGGUUGGAAUUGGAAAUUGUUCUUUGGCUAUGGUUGUUGGCUUGUUGCCUUGGUUCUUUGGGCUUCUGAUUGGUUCGAUUUGGUUCUUUGGCUGUGGUUAUUGUCUUGUUGACUAUAUGUUCUUUGAAUCAAUUUGUUGA